GCUUCCCUGGUUUUGCGCAUGCGCAGACAGCUCGCGCAUGCGCAGAGAGCGAGUAUACGAAUCUGGUACAAGGGUCAUCUCAGUCCGCGACACCGGAGCUUCAGCAUCAAAGAUCUUCGUGCCAUUUCCUGUUAGAUUCAUCUGAGGUGAUGGAUAAUGCUCACACCAAGACAGUGGAAGAGGUUCUGGCCUUCUUCAGUGUAAAUGAGUCUACAGGUCUGAGCUGUGAGCAGCUGAAGAAGAACAAGGAGAAAUGGGGACCCAAUGAGUUACCAGCUGAAGAAGGGAAAUCACUUUGGGAGCUGAUCUUGGAACAGUUUGAAGAUCUUUUGGUCCGAAUCUUGCUGUUGGCUGCAUGCAUCUCCUUUAUUCUAGCCUGGUUUGAAGAAGGAGAGGGGACAAUCACAGCGUUCGUUGAACCAUUUGUCAUCCUCCUUAUCCUCAUCGCCAAUGCCAUUGUAGGCGUAUGGCAGGAACGUAACGCUGAAAAUGCUAUUGAGGCUCUGAAGGAGUACGAGCCAGAGAUGGGAAAAGUGUACCGACAGGACAAAAAAAGUGUCCAGAGAGUCAGAGCCAGAGACAUUGUUCCUGGAGACAUUGUGGAAGUUGCUGUUGGUGAUAAAGUACCAGCUGACAUCAGGCUGACAUCCAUCUGUUCCACCACUCUGAGGGUGGACCAGUCUAUUCUGACAGGGGAGUCGGUGUCGGUGAUCAAGCACACAGACCCUGUACCAGAUCCCAGAGCUGUCAACCAGGACAAGAAGAACAUGCUGUUCUCUGGCACCAACAUUGCAGCAGGCCGAGCCACCGGAGUUGUUGUGGCAACAGGGGUGCAAACUGAGAUUGGUAAAAUCCGAGAUGAGAUGGCCUCCACUGAUCCUGAAAGGACACCGCUCCAGCAGAAACUGGACCAUUUUGGUAGAUUUGUCUCUGUCAUCAGUGUGAUCUGUGUGGCAGUGUGGGCGAUCAACGUGGGACAUUUUAAUGACCCCGUCCAUGGCGGCAGUUGGCUCAGAGGAGCAGUUUACUAUUUCAAAAUCGCCGUCGCACUGGCUGUGGCCGCCAUACCAGAAGGCCUCCCAGCAGUCAUUACAACCUGUCUGGCUCUGGGCACCAGGCGGAUGGCCAGGAAGAACGCCAUAGUUCGCAGCCUUCCAUCAGUGGAGACACUCGGCUGUACAUCAGUUAUCUGCUCAGACAAAACGGGAACACUGACCACCAACCAGAUGUCAGUCUGCAGGAUAUUUGUUGUGGACAGUGUGUCGGGGGAUCGUUGCAGAUUGAAUGAGUUCACAGUGACUGGAUCUACUUAUGCUCCUGAAGGCGAAGUUUACAAAGAUGGCUCAGUGGUGAAGUGCAGUCAGUAUGAAGGCCUGGUGGAAAUGGCCUCUAUUUGUGCGUUGUGCAGUGACUCAUCACUAGACUACAAUGAGGCCAAGGGCGUGUAUGAGAAGGUCGGUGAAGCAACAGAGACCGCCCUCUGCUGUCUGGUGGAGAAAAUGAACGUGUUUGACACAGAUCUGAGUGGACUCAGUUGUGCUGAGCGAGCUACAGCGUGCUGCUCUGUGAUUAAGCAGCUGAUGAGGAAGGAGCUGACUCUGGAGUUCUCCAGAGACAGAAAGUCUAUGUCUGUCUUCUGUUCAGCCAAUAAAAUGAGCCACUCUCUCACUGGAGCGAAGAUGUUUGUCAAGGGAGCACCAGAAAGCGUUUUGGAACGCUGUAAUUACAUCCGAGUCAGUGGAUCUAUUCGUUUACCUUUGAGUCCAGGACUCCGGGAGCAGCUCCUGUCCACUGUACGGGAGUGGGGUUCAGGCCGUGACACUCUGCGGUGCCUUGCCAUGGCAACUAGAGAUACGCCCCCUGAUAUCCACAGCCUUAACCUUGAGAACCUGGCUGCUUUUUCUGACUAUGAGUCUGACCUGACAUUUGUCGGUUGUGUCGGGAUGUUGGACCCCCCAAGGAAAGAGGUGCUGAGUGCCGUCCGAAUGUGUCGUCAGGCCGGGAUACGAGUCAUCAUGAUCACAGGUGACAAUAAGGGGACGGCCUUGUCUAUCUGUCGCCGUGUGGGCAUCAUCACAGAGGAGGAAGAGGAGCAGGAGGGCGAAGCUGUCACCAGGGGCCUGACUGGCCGAGAGUUUGAUGAAUUGCCCCCUCACCUUCAGCGUCAAGCCUGCCAGACAGCAAGAUGUUUUGCCCGAGUGGAACCAGCACACAAGAGCCGUAUUGUGGAGUAUCUGCAGAGCUUGAGUGACAUCACUGCUAUGACAGGUGAUGGGGUGAAUGAUGCACCAGCACUCAAAAAGGCGGAGAUCGGUAUUGCUAUGGGCAGCGGCACAGCUGUGGCCAAGUCGGCCUCUGAAAUGAUCCUGGCUGAUGACAACUUCUCAACUAUUGUAGCUGCUGUGGAGGAGGGCAGAGCCAUUUAUAACAACAUGAAACAGUUCAUCAGAUACCUCAUAUCAUCCAACAUUGGAGAAGUGGUAUGUAUUUUCCUGACAGCUGCACUGGGAAUGCCUGAAGCAUUGAUUCCAGUCCAGCUGUUAUGGGUCAACCUAAUCACAGAUGGUUUCCCGGCAACUGCACUGGGAUUCAACCCUCCUGACCUGGACAUCAUGUCCCGCCCCCCUCGCUCUCCCAAAGAGCCUCUAAUCUCCAACUGGCUGUUUUGUCGCUACCUCAUCAUUGGAUGUUACGUUGGAGCAGCCACUGUUGGAGCUGCUGCCUGGUGGUUCAUGGCAGCCCACGAUGGACCAAAAGUUUCCUUCUAUCAACUGUCCCAUUACCUGCAGUGCAGUGAGGGGCAUGGUGAGUUUGCUGGUUUCAGUGCUCCGUCUUUGAGCCCUCAUCCAAUGACUAUGGCCCUGUCUGUUCUGGUACCCAUAGAGAUGUGUAACGCCGUUGAACAUCUUUCAGAGAACCAGUCCCUGCUGAAAAUGCCUCCGUGGUCAAAUCCCUGGUUGGUUGGGGCCAUUUGUUUAUCUAUGGCUCUGCACUUUCUUAUUCUAUAUGUGGAGCCACUGCCGGUCAUAUUUCAGAUACGUCCUCUGUCAUGGCCUCAGUGGGUCGUGGUGUUGAAGAUGUCAUUGCCUGUUAUCUUGUUGGACGAGGUCCUCAAGUUCUUCGCCCGCAACUACAUCGAGCCAGGAAACCAAACCCAGAUAUUUGAAGACGAUCUGGAAAGGAGACAUGCGAUGGCCAGUUUGGGCUUUAUCAACGCAUUGACGAUGAAGCUGCGUCUGGCAGUAAAGGGUGUGUCCUGGGCGUUCGUCCUGAUAGCUGCACCACUGUUGUUCUGGAUCUUCAGUUUGGACUCUGAUAUUACCAACAUCUUCUGGGAGUGAUGGGAGUAAAUCCAUAACAGGAAGAGUGGAAUGUAGUGAACAGAGUGACAGGGGGGUCAAAGGCAAACCGUAGUGAAAAGAUAACGCAAGAUCCAGUGGUGGCAAACAACAUGCAGAGGAGAAUGGGUGUAUGUGAGCUGGAGGUGGGAAGAUUUACAGAAACAAGAAACAAACACAGACAUACUUUGCUGAGAAGCUUUAAAGAAAGAGCGAAAGAGUGCAAUGUUUCACCAAAAGACAAUCGGUUUAAUAAGAGGUGCUGUGUGUAACAGUUCAUUUUAGAAAGGUCUGAGGCAGCAAUUUAUCUUCAUUCCAUUGAUAUUUUCCCUGUGUGGUUUAUGUAUCUGGUCAACCUUCUUCUUGUUAAGAAGAUGAAUCUUUAUUUAUGUAAGAAAGAGACCCAGGCUGAGUAGAAAUCCAUACAGCAUGCAUUGUGUAAGAUUUAUGAAUGGAGAAGUUCUGGCUUUAUUUAUUAACAUUGACAAGAAAAUGUCCUUGUAGCAGGGGACAUAAAAAAAAACAAGGAUUUUCCUUUAAGUUGUCUUAUAUGGCAUUUUACAUAUUAAUAUUAUAGCCAACAACUAUUUUCUGUGUAAAGAAUUAGAGGCUUCAAAGUGUCCUGUGCAGAAAAUGUAAUUAUUAUAAUUUUUUUAUGUCCAUGGUUUACAUUCCCAGUCUGGCUUUGUAUGCAUGUUUAGUCCAUCUGAUGUCAGCAUGUGCACAUUUCGUACAUGUGCGGUCUGCCCUGUGAAACCAUUACUCUUCUAUAUAUAAACAAACAGUAGUACUCACUACUCACCACUUAGCUGUUAAAUUCUUUUCAUGAGUGUGGAUGUCAGUGACGUCGCAGAAAUAUGUCAAAAACAAGACAAACUGUAACAUUUUGAGGUUAAAAAUGCAUCUGGCUAAGGACGUGGUUCGGCGAAAGUCCACAUACAUCUGGCUUUUCCCAUAAAGAGAGCUGUUUGACCUGUUUAAGGGCUCCAGCUGCCAUUCCUUCUUGUUGAAAAGGAAGGGUUGAGGAGGAGUGGCAGAAUCUUUGUUCUAAAAAUAAAGCUGUUGUGACAUCUAGUGGCAAAAAAAUUGAAUUGGAGCAACUUUUAUGAUACAUGUGGACACUUCGAAGGUAGCACAAAUAUAAAUAACUGCUGUCUGUUGUGCUACAAUAUAAAAGCAGCCACUGAAAGUAUAAAAGCAUAAACCAUAAGAAGGUAAAACAAUCAGCUCCUACCUCGGUUACUUGAGAUGGACAUAAAUCAAUUAAAGUAGUAAAGAAAAGGGAGAAUGCUCAUCUUCACAUGAACACAGUGAACUAAGAAGCCAACAGAAAUUGCAAUAUUAAAACUGACUUUUUAAAAAAAAAAAAAAGCAUAUCUCUGUCAAUUGCAAAGAUGUUGCUUAAUUUUACACAACAUAUUGCUCAUAGUUUGCGCAUUUAACUAUAGUCCUGUAGAUACUCAACUUAAUGCACUUGCAGUUUAAAUUGGAAAAAUUACAUCCUUCCUGGUUUGUGAAACAUUAUUCAACAGCAGGUUUGAGAUAAUAUUUUGUGGCUAUAAAUUGAAGUGAUUGGCCAAAAAAAAAAAAAAACGUCCAAACAACCACACAUAUAUCUCUAAUUCCCACACUCUUACUGUAAGUCACAAAUUAUGAAACCAGUUCAUCAAAUGUACAAAACACUAAUCAGACAUUGUCAUAUCGCUGCAUUGCAAAAACAUGUCAGUCUGUUCAGGAGGUUUUGUUAGUUUCCUUGUAGAUAUAACAAAUGCACAAAACAUUUAUCCUCUGAAAUGAGGUUGUCAGCAAGUCAUAUUCAGAAUGCAUGUCAAUGCAUCAAAAACAUGAGUGGAAAUUGAGCCUUAUUGCAAUUAUGUGCUUCUGAAGAACAACUUACUCAGCUGUGAAGUGUCUCCUGUCUGUCACUUGGUCCCAAAGUGCAUUUAGUUGUCUGCAACUGCAAAAUCAGGGCCUAAAAUCAUCUUGAUUUGUAGUUUGAUGAAGCAUUUGGAAAGCUGGUUUUGUCUGAAUAUUCCUUAACUUUGUUCAGUCAACAUCAUUGCAGAAUCACCAUAAUGGGAUAUAAGCCAUCACGCUAAACUUGCAACUGAUUGCAUUGAUUUUCCUUUAAAAUAUUUGAUAUGACAUUUUAUACUUGUAUUUAUGUUUGCAGGUUAUGACCAUUAGCUGUUUUUUAAAAUGUAGUUUUAAAAAAACCCACAGCACUUUUCUUAAGAUGGGUUCUCAUUGCAGAUUUUUAACACAAUUAAAAUUUGUGGCACAAAAAAUUCCAAUCACAGCCUGAAAUGGGGUGUAAUAGGCUUUAAUAGGUGAUAAAAGUGGUGUUGUAGGUUAUUUUGAGACAUGUUCAAAGAAUUUGUGAUGUGGGGACACAUCAUGAUCCAAAACAUUGAAUAGUUAGAUGCAUUCUGUGCAGAUAACGGGGGGUAAUAUUUAGUAAAAAUCAGGACGUGAGCGGUACGAGCAGUCAGUGUGUGUGUGUCUGCUGUGCGGUCAGAGACGCAUUGUUCAUUCACCUCUUUAAAUCAAAUACAAUAUACAUCCAUAAUCACAUUAAAAGCAUGUUGCACUCUUCAGCAGGACAGCGUUGAGAUGUUAAUUAAUGCAUUUUAGCGUUACACACAGACUGUGAUGAGUACCGUUGUGCACAUGCCCUGAAGCUCUCGUGUCACGGGGCUGAGUUCAGGUUUGUGUAGUCUGCAUUAACCUCUUUUAUAAUAAUAUGACACACUGCUAUGAUAGUAAAUCAGGCCAGAUUUCCUCAUUUUUGGAAUUGGGGAAGCAAUUGGGGCCAAAAAUCUGCAGUGGGAGGCCACUUUUAUUCAGUGUGUCAUGAAGAACACAGCCAGUGCAUUUCAACAAACAGCAGUAACACAUACUGAAUGAACCUGAAACCGCAGCUCUUUCAGAUUACUGUGACAACACUGAAAAAUGUUUUCUGUCUAUAAAUUUUGUUCAUUUCAGAAGUAGCCUUUAUAAAUGGCUCCAUUCAGUUCCCUUUUUAAUAUCAAACAACUUUCCUCAAAGCUGUGUUCAGUUGUUUGCGUGUAACAGCAGGCACAAUCUUUCAGCUUUCCAUCCUCUGCCUCCCUCACAAAA